AAGAUUCGGGCCAAAAUGAAUUAGUCCACAGUGCUUUAUUGAGGUCCGGGGGCGAUUCGCUGGAUAACCAUAGUUUUAUGUAUAUACAAAAAUUGUUUAUACUUUUGUGAAGUUAUUUGAUUAACUCAUGUCUAAAGCAAAUUACUUUUUUUACAAGAUUUAAAAUGGCAAAUGAGGUAGUUGCCUCCAAGGAUAAAAAUGUGCUGGCAGUUUCAGGUCCAGUUUACACAACAAAUACCAAAAUCAAGCAGAAGAUAUUGGAUGAAGAGGAAUAUUUAACUAUACUCGAAAAAAUAGUUGAGAGAGAUUUUUAUCCUGAGCUAACCAAGUUAAAACUUCGUUUACACUAUCUUAAUGCAUUGGAGACCGAUGAUGUUGAAAAACUUAGAGAAAUUCAGCUUCAGCUGGAAAGAGAAACACCUUGUGCUGAAAGAAAGGAAACGCCACGUACCUUUGACAUAAAGGUAAAAGAAGAAGAUAGCUUAAGCAAUAUUGAUAAAGAUAAAAACCAAAAAUUGUCUCUUGAUAGUUUUUUGUUAAAAAAUACAUCUGAAGAUAAUGCAUCCUUUGAAAAAAUAAUGGAAAUUACUCGAAAAAAACACAGAGAAAAAUAUGCAUGGCUUUUUGAAAAACAAGAAGAACAAGAAGCACGGGAAAUUUUGGCAUUAACACUACCGAAAUCAAAUGAAGAACAGUUAAAGGCAUUAGAAAAUUUAUCUUCUAAUGUUGAGACAUGGAAGUAUGUCCCACGCAAUGCAUUAAUGUACACACCUGAUGGAGUGGAUUUGAGUCUUGAAGAGUUUAUUAAGAAAAAAGGUGAAGCUCAACAAGUUAUACGACAUGAAAAUACACGAUUCAAAUCAGAUCCCUUUGAUUCAGCUGCCAGUCAUGCAAGCCUAGUGCGAGCCACCCAAGACCUUUCCAGUUUAAGAAAGAAAACUGGUAAGGUAGGUGUUGAUGGGCAUCUAGAACACCAAAAUGUUACACCAACUGUUCAGGGAUAUGGGUUUGUUGCUACUCCGUCACCUGCCCCAGGAGUAGAUGCUUCCCCAUUAAUGACAUGGGGAGAAAUUGAAGGCACUCCAUUACGCCUUGAUGCAACACCUUUAUCAAAUAAUGUUCCUUCAUUUAAAAUACCUGAACCCCCUCGUCGAGAAAUGCUUGCACAUUCUCUUGCUGAGAAAGCUAGUAAACAGCAUCGGGAGAAAAGAAAGAAAGCUUUUGCUGCUGCUACAGCUUCUUUAUUCUCACCAAAGAACAGCCCGAGACAAGGAAUGCUAACUUCUGAGCGACUUGAAAAGUUAUCUCCCGCUGCUCAAAAGUUACUUAAAGCAGGUGUUCGUGUUGGGACAGAUAAAUCUUUGCAAGCAAGUUAUUCGCCAAGUCCAAUAGCAUUCAAUUUAUAUGGAAUGUCUCCUAAAAAUCGAACGCCUGGAUCACAAAGACAGCGUACUAAGACUCCGGGUUCAACGCAUGACGAUUCCUCCAUAACUGAUGACCUUUUAAAGUUACCUGAAGUGUGAGGCUAGUACAAUAGUUAACCUCAGAUUUCAUUAUUUACAUCAAAUAAUGGCGUAGUUAUCUGACCGUGUUGUUUGACUGUAAUACUCGAAUCAGUUGGUAACAGUUCUCUUCUUUGUAUUUGCUAAAAUAAAUAUAAAAACUUAAACAGAAUAGUUAAA